GCAUUCUACUUCUUAUCCCGUUGAAGAUUCAACUCUCUCUCUCUCUCUCUCUCUCUCUCCCCCACCCUCCCUCGAGUCGGAGUCUGUCUCACUCGCACAAAAAGCUCCCAAAUUGCACACAGACCAAUAUUAUUAUAUAUACGAUCAGUAGACAGCAGUAGUAAUUGCUAGCAGUCUGUGUCUGAGAUUCUCCAAUGGCCCUUAAUCCUAAUUUGUUGAACAUGGCUAUGAUAUGGUGUCUAGUACUACUCUUUUCAGUGACCAAUGCCGUGAAACAUGAAGAAAUAGAAACGCAGAGACGACUGGGAGAAGGUGACAGGGUCACCAACUUGCCCGGACAGCCGCCGGUGUCAUUCCCGCACUACGCCGGCUACGUCCAACUUCCCAAAUCCGGCAAGGCCUUGUUCUACUGGUUUUUUCAAGCUCAAGAGAAUGCAUCUCGGAAACCCCUUGUUCUUUGGCUUAAUGGAGGACCUGGGUGCUCAUCCGUAGCUUAUGGAGCUGCACAAGAACUUGGCCCCUUUCUUGUUCGAAACAAUGGAACCCUAAUUCUUAACAAUUACUCCUGGAACAAAGUUGCCAAUGUGCUGUUCCUGGAGUCACCUGUUGGAGUAGGGUUUUCCUACACAAACAACACCAAGGAUUUGCGUACAAUGGGCGAUCGAAUCACAGCCGCUGAUUCGCAUGCUUUCCUGGUGGAAUGGUUUAAGAAGUUCCCAACCUUAAAAACCCAUGAUUUCUACAUAGCUGGGGAGAGCUAUGCUGGCCAUUACGUCCCCCAGCUUGCCAACCUCAUAUACGACCGAAACAAACGAACCACCAGAUCAUCAUCCCCAUCAGAGUACUCCUCCUCUUUCAUAAAUCUGAAAGGUUUCAUGAUUGGGAAUGCUGUGAUCAAUGGACCGACGGACAACAGUGGGAUGUUUGAUUACGCAUGGAGCCAUGCCAUAAUCUCGGACACGCUCUACAACAACUUAGUAAAUAAAUGUGAUGUCGUCAAUGAUGACAACCAAACAGAAGAGUGCAACGAACACGUUCGAGCCUUCUUACAAGAUUAUUCUGAAAUUGACAUCUACGGCAUUUAUGCACCCACCUGCCUCACUGAUCCAUCUCCAUCUACUACUGCUUCUCCCAAACAAACAAGGAUUAACAAUUUCAUGAAAAAUGUUGCACCUCGUCUGCUCAAUCAACAUGAGCUUUGGCAGAGGCUACCAUCAGGGUAUGAUCCCUGCAUAGAGGAUUAUGUUGAGCAAUAUUUCAACAGAGAGGAUGUUCAGAAGGCCCUGCAUGCCAAUGUUACUAAACUUUCCUAUCCUUACUCCCCUUGCAGGGGGAGAGAAAUAUUCAGAGAGGUAGCUGAAAGUCAAUUUCAAGAAUUUAUUAGAAGGAACAUGCACGUUGAGAAAUCAAUGAACUGGAGCUUUCUUUCUGUUUUCACACAGCCACAAGGGCCAGAUCAUAAUUAAUGAAAGAUAUCUUGCAGUAACAUUUGUCCUUGUCUUCUUCCUUUUGUUUUUUCUUCUUUUUUUCUCCAAUAAAACGCAAAUUUGAAAUAUUUGGUAAAUUAUAUUGUGCAAUUGGAAAUCAAUAAUUCAAAUAGAUAGAUAACUAGAAGAUUACAAAUUAUCGACACCUCGUUUUCAUUUCCUUACUAUGGUCCAUGGUAGUUCCCUUCCCACUAAAACCAGUCAAGCUAGCUGUUAUGUUUUUCCUCCAUAUUUGUCUUUUAUAUAAUUAGUCAGUAGAAAUUAGUCAUACGAUAGCAAAACAAGAAAAGCUGAUGCUGGUACCGGUACCGGUGGGUAGGUAUGUCUGUGGUAAUAUUAAAUAAUUCGUCAAAACUCUAAACACAAAUUGCAUGCAGGAGGACCGUCCUUUACUUUACUACU